GGCCGCUGCUGCCCGCGAUGCUAGCCGCGCUGCUGGGCGGCGGCGGGGCCCGCACGGGGACCGUUCCGGGCGCCUUGCUGUGCCUGGUGGCGCUGCUGCAACUGCUGGGCUCGGCGCCGCGGGGCUCGGGGCUGGCGCACGGCCGCCGCCUCAUCUGUUGGCAGGCGCUGCUGCAGUGCCAGGGCGAGCCCGACUGCAGCUACGCCUACAGCCAGUACGCCGAGGCGUGCGCGCCGGUGCUGGCGCAGCGCGGCGGGGCUGACGCUCCGGGGCCCGCCGGCGCCUUCCCCGCUUCGGCCGCGUCCUUCUCGCCGCGCUGGCGCUGCCCGAGCCACUGCAUCUCGGCGCUCAUCCAGCUCAACCACACGCGCCGCGGGCCCGCGCUGGAAGACUGCGACUGCGCGCAGGACGAACACUGCAGGUCCACCAAGCGCGCCAUCGAGCCCUGCCUGCCUCGCACCAGCGGCGUGGGCCCAGGCGCGGGAGCGGGCUCGGUCAUGGGCUGCACUGAGGCCCGGCGACGCUGCGACCGCGACAGUCGCUGCAACCUGGCACUCAGCCGCUACCUGGCCUACUGCGGCAAGCUUUUCAACGGACUGCGCUGCACCGACGAGUGCCGCGCGGUCAUCGAGGACAUGCUGGCGGUGCCCAAGGCGGCGCUGCUCAACGACUGCGUGUGCGAUGGGCUGGAGCGGCCCAUCUGCGAGUCGGUCAAGGAGAACAUGGCCCGCCUGUGCUUCGGCCCAGACGCGGGCAACGGUCCGGGCAGCAGUGGCUCGGAUGGGGGCCUGGACGACUACUACGACGAAGACUAUGACGAGGAGCAGCGCGCGGGGACGGCGGGCGGCGAGCAGCCCUUGGACGAUGACGACGGCCUCGCUCGCCCGGGCGGCGGCGCUGCUGCGGCGGGCGGCCGCGGGGACCUGCCCUACGGGCCGGGGCGCAGGAGUAGCAGCAGCGGCAGUGGAGGCCACUGCGCGACCCGAGGCUCCUGGACCCGGCUUGUUUGCUUGCUGCUGCUGCUGCUACUGCUGCUCGGGUCACACUUGUAGCCCUUGCGCCCCUGCGAUCCGGCCGGUUCCCGAGCCGGGCACCUGUGGCUCAGGGGCCGGGGAUGGUCUGGAACACUGACCACACUCUCCCUGGGUGGACAAGGGCCCAGCACAUACCCCAGCCACCAUGCCUGGCCCUCCACUGUGCGGUUUCCAGGCUGCAAAGAUAACCGACUGAUCUAUCCUACCGCCUGGAAUCUGCAGAAUUCAGGACACCCUGCAAAAAGCAACGGAGGCCUGGACUGCUGACCGGUGGGAGUCUUCACAGCCCCAAGGGACUGGGGGAGGGGAUGUUGAAGGGAAUUAGGUUUGCAAAGGGGCCAUUUUUUUGUUUUGUUUUUAAACAGUUUUCCUAUGAGGGGACACAUAGUACUGGUAACGACUUUAAUUGCUUGUGGCCACUGAGAAACACAGCAAUCGUAAGUAAAUGGAAGAGUUCCCUUACCGAUUCAUUCCUGUACUCUUGCGCCGGGUGUGGAGCCGGCGAUUGCCUUGUCUGGGUCCCCGAAAUUACGUCUACAUUAUAACCCUAACCCCCACCUCAGUGCCACUGCCGCUGUUCUGAUCGCUGAACACCACGUGUCUUAGAAUUAAGGGUCCAAAAACCUGGCCUAAAGAGUUACCAUGGUGUUGAACAAUGCAAGUUUUUAUCUUAAAGCUCUGUACUGCCAUCUAGGAAAACCUCUGUGUGGUGUGUGUUUUGUCCUUUUUUUGUUUUGUUUUUUGUUUUUUAGUUUGUUUUGUUUUGUUUUGACCAAGAAAUUCUAAGUUUGAAUAUGCAGAGAUCGAGUAUUGCCUCUGCCCUAUCGGGGUCUUCCACCCUGGUACGUCGUAUAUAAACUGUAUUAAAACUGGGGUUUCUUACCAGUUGCUGUACUUUGUAUAUAGAAUUUUUAUAAAUUGUAUGCGUCAGAAAUAAUUUAUUUUUAAAAAGAAAUUAAAAACUUUAAAUCUGCAUCAAUGUUACAUCACCCCCAUCCAGGAAAUGUAUAGAACACAUUGGUCACCCGGAACCCACUCACACAAGCCCAUUUUAAAGUGUGCCCUGUGUAGAGCAGUCUUAAAAAUGUACAGUGUAUUUUACAGAUUUGAAGUAACGUUCUUAUUUUCAAGAGAAUUUAUGGACAUUGUAGAAAUGUAUAAAUGCAUUUCCAAACUGCCUUAAACAUUGUAUUUUUAUAGACAUCAUUUUUAAAGUCCUGUGUUUUAAAUAACUAUGACUUUGUGUAUCUUUUGGUUGUUUUAUUAAGAAUGCACACAUCAGUAAAGAGUUUCAACAGUG